CUUUCUUUCCAUGACCUUAUCGCCUGUUCUCUCGCGCCCAUAGCUCGCCUGCCCGAGUCCGCUUCCACUCCACAUCCCCUGGAGGUAAUCAGCAUAAUGUCGACGCCCGCGCUGUCGCCCCGGCCGCGCGAGACGUCACAUAGCACCAUCCAGACCCGCUCCUCGGGACCUACCCCCAUGCCACGCCCCAGUGCCGCACGGAGUCCUGUCAAGUCCACGCCCCUCGCGACCCGUCGCAUGCACGACCUCAAGACGCCCGGCAUUGGCAACGGCCACGAGCCCAAGACGCCCAGCCCCAACUACUUUGGCCUCGCCGUCGACGCAAACGCCGAAAAGGAUGUCUUCGCCUCCAGCGCUGCACAGCACAUCCGCGGUAACUGGAGCCCGCCCUCUUCAAAUGUGCGGUCCACCGCUGCUGCGUCACCCCGCGUCAUUCCCGUUGACCAGAACCCUGAAUACGAGCAGUUCAGACGUCAAUCUGAGAACAACAGAGGCUUUGCCCUCGGCCGAUUCGACUUUGGCUCAUCCCAAGGCUCCAUGCCAUCCCCUAGGAGUUCAGCAUUCGGUUCCGCAAUGGCCCCUCCGUCCCCGCAGUCGAUGACGUUACCCGUGGCCACAAACGAUCAACACACCGACAAAAAAGAUGACGGGGGCGAGCUCGAAGGCAAACCAAGAUCGCCAAAGCGGCUCCUUUCCACAGAGUCAGUCAUUGUGUACGACCGGCCACGGCGGAAUUCGCCUGCGAGCUUCCUGGACCAAGAAAAUUACGGACGCACCGACGAAUUGGCCAAGUUCGUUGAAAUGAGGAACCCCCGCCCGUCUCUACCUCCACGUGACUCCUCGCAGAAGCUCACCAUGUCUUCUCAUCGUGCAGAAACUCUCCCGGCACACGUCGAGGAUGCCGCCAAGACUGGCGGACCUUCCAUGGUCACACCCCAGUACAUUGUCAACAUUCUUGAAUCUGCAAUAGAGGAGGUCUUGCUACUGGAUCUUCGUGUCUCCACACAAUACGCAAGAUCCCGCAUCCAAGGCUCUCUAAGCCUAUGUAUACCUACGACUCUGCUGAAGCGUGCGUCCUUCAAUGUACAAAAAUUGGCCGAAACCUUCAAAGAUGACGAGGAGAAGGAGAAGUUCGAGCAGUGGAGGAGUAGCAAACACAUCGUCGUGUACGACGCAAGUUCCGCACAGAUGAAGGACGCAGCGACCUGCAUCAACACGCUCAAGAAGUUCACAAGCGAAGGCUGGACCGGCGGCUGCUACAUCAUCCGGGGUGGUUUCCAAGAAUUUGCAUCCAAGUUUCCACAAUGGAUAUCAAAAGGUUCUACACAAGCGUUGAGUUCCCCUACAUCUUCUUCUGGAGGUGAUUCUGGUCUUCCAUCCGUCGCACCUGUUAUCGGAGGCUGCCCCAUGCCAGUCACGCAGAAUGCUGCGAACCCAUUUUUCGGCAACAUUCGACAGAACAUGGACCUCAUUGGUGGCGUAGGCCAGAUGCCCAUCAAGCAUCCCACAGCCAUGACCCGUUCCCUCGAGGAAGAGCUGCCAGUCUGGCUCCGAAAGGCCGCAAAUGAGAAAGACAACGGCAAGACGGUGUCUGAUAAAUUUCUGCACAUCGAGAAGCGCGAACAGAAGCGAAUGCAGAAGGCAUUGUCUGGGCAAGUGUACUACGGAACCCCCACGUCUGGAGAACCCAAGCAGUCCAUCACAUUGGCUGGUAUUGAGAAGGGCUCCAAGAACCGCUACAACAGCAUCUGGCCCUAUGAGCAUUCUCGCGUGAAGCUGCAAAAUGUCAGCCCAGGCGGCUGCGACUACGUCAACGCGAACCAUGUCCAGCCGCCCUUUUCGAACAAGCGGUACAUUGCUACGCAGGGCCCUCUACCGGCAACUUUCAACGAUUUCUGGAAUGUUGUGUGGCAACAGGACGUCCGCGUCAUAGUCAUGCUUACUGCGGAGAGUGAAGGUGGUCAGCUCAAGGCCCACAACUACUGGUCUGGCAAGCAAUAUGGCCACCUGCAUUUGAAUGCUCUCGGAGAACGUAGAGCCGCUCUGGAACCAUCUAAAAUACACAGGCAUCGCGAACAGGCGCAGCGACCUGCGCUUGGCCAACGUCGCUCGACAACAGCGAAUCCACCUAACAAACCCGGCUACUUCACCACCGAAUCGACUGCCCAGCCCAGCUCCGAGCAACCCUAUGUCAUCGUCCGCAAAUUCACAUUAUCGAACUCAGACGAGCCUUUCGAGCGCAUGCGCGAAAUCACCCAACUCCAAUACUCGCACUGGCCCGACUUUGGCGCACCCGCGCACCCCACCCACCUCCUCGGCCUCAUCGAGCAAUGCGACGCCGUGUGCCGCCAAGUCAAUGGCGGCUCUCCCUCUCGCCCCGAGCCCCCAAGCACCCGCCCCAUACUCGUCCAUUGCUCCGCAGGAUGCGGUCGUACUGGCACGUUCUGCACCGUCGAUUCGGUCCUCGACAUGCUCAAGCGCCAACGCCAGGCCCGCAAUGCCCGCGACACCACGCCCAUGGACCUCGAUCCCAUGUCGCCGCCGAAGGGGCCGCGAGGGGAUCGCAGCGCAAGCUUGAGUAUGUCAAUGAGCAUGGAUGAGAUGAGCAUGAGCCGGCGGUCUUCGUCGAGCGCUAGCGAGGCCGCAAACAAUGAGAAGCCCGCCGGCAACGCAGCACGGGAAGAGUAUGACUGGGUGUAUCAGGAGGAUGUGGAUCUGAUUGAGAAGACAGUGGAAGAUUUCAGGCUUCAGCGGCUAAGCAUGGUGCAGAGUCUGCGGCAGUUUGUGCUGUGCUAUGAGAGCGUGCUGGAGUAUCUUGUGGAGCAGUAUCCGAAGAGCGCUUAGGCGGCUGUGGUGCAAUGGCUGGGCAGCGCGGCCUAGGAAGAAGAUGGGCAUGGGCACGGAGUCACGUCAGGAGAGUAUUGCCUUUUCUUUCUCUCUAUUUCUCUUCUUUCCUCUCACUUGGUUUUCUUCGU